AAUUCAUUGAAAAUUACGUCAUGCUUCUUCAAUUUUUGUUUCAAUAAAAAAAUAAAAUAAUAAUUAUUAUAUCGAAUCACCAUAGGAUAAACCAUCUCCUAAGGAAAAGUAUAAUAAUUCAGUGGUAGGAGGCCUCUUCUUGGCCACUAUAUAAUUGUUGCCCCAUUACUAUUUUCUCCAGUUGUUGUGUAGAUAUAAAUUAUUAUUUGCAAAACAUUCAGCGGCAAGUUGCCCCUUCGUAUCCUCUUUAAAUUUCUGUGUAUAUAUACAGAGAGAUUUGUUUAGAUGUUGUGGGGGUAGAGAAGGACUGUUUUAAUUCGUUGCAUAUUACAAGGUAAUGAUAUAUUUUUGUCAUUGUUGAAAUAAAGAGUAAAGUUAGCAACUUAUGAAAUCCACACAAGAUUAUCAUUGGCCUGAACCAAUAGUUCGUGUGCAAUCUUUAUCUGAUAGUGGGAUUUGUACAAUUCCAACAAAAUAUGUGAAGCCACUCAAUGAUAGGCCAUGUUUGAGUCAUUUUAGUGAUGUUAAUAUUCCAACCAUUGAUCUUGAAGGAAUCAAUAAUUUUAAAGAAAUAUCAGAAGCGUGUCGAGAUUGGGGGUUUUUUCAGGUUGUUAAUCAUGGCGUUCCCCCAGAGCUGAUGGAUGAAGCACGACAAGUUUGGAGAGAGUUUUUCCAUCAACCGAUGGAUGUUAAGCAAAGUUAUGGAAAUACGCCGAAAACUUAUGAAGGAUAUGGAAGCAGACUUGGAGUGGAGAAAGAUGCUAUUCUUGAUUGGAGUGAUUAUUAUUUUCUUCAUUAUCUUCCUGGAUAUUUGAAGGACUAUAACAAAUGGCCUGCCCUCCCUUCUUCCCUAAGGGAAGUGAUGGAAGAAUAUUCAAAACAAGUGGUGAAUUUUGGUGGACGUUUAAUGAAGAUAUUAUCAGAAAAUCUUGGAUUAAAAGAAGAUGUUUUACAAAAUGCAUUUGGUGGUGAAGAUAUAGGAGCAUGUCUAAGGGUAAACUUUUAUCCAAAAUGUCCACAACCAGACUUGACCUUAGGCCUUUCUCCACAUUCGGAUCCUGGUGGCAUGACCAUUCUCCUCCCUGACCAGCAUGUUGCCGGCCUUCAGGUCCGACGCAACGCUAAUUGGAUCACUGUAAAGCCAGCUUCACAUGCUUUCAUAGUCAAUAUAGGCGAUCAAAUUCAGAUAUUAAGCAAUGCAAUAUAUAAGAGUGUUGAGCAUCGAGUGAUGGUCAAUUCGACAGAAGAACGCAUCUCCCUGGCGUUUUUCUACAAUCCAAAAAGUGAUUUGAUGAUAGAACCAGUAAAGGAGCUGCUCACCACACACAAUAUUUCUCCAUUGUAUCCACCAAGAACCUUUGAUCAGUAUAGACUCUACAUAAGGACUAAAGGGCCUCAGGGAAAAUCACAGUUAGGGGAAUCAAAUAAAUCAAAUCCCCAACAUGACAAAUGUAAUUGAUGCCUUUUUUUGGUUAUAAUAAUAAUAAUAGCAUCAUACUGGCUUGUAUGAAUUUCGAUUAUAUUGUCCACUAAAGUUUAACUACGGAGAUGAAAAUAAAUUUCCUAA